AUGAAGUUGUUUAUCAGGAGUGAACCAAGGGCGAUAGCGCUGUCAUCAAAUGACUAUGUGUUGAUGUUUGAAAGACCAAAGGAUAAUCCUAAGAUCUCUCAAACAAAAUCAAAUCAGCCUCUAAUCAUAGUGAAGACGAUGUCAGAACAGUUGCUAGCUCAUAAUAAGUUUCAAGAAUGCUCUGUUUUCCCAAUUAAAGGUCUUUUAGGAUUAAUCCAAGUCAAGGGUCAGGUUUUUAUUGGAUUAAUUACAGGGGGGAAAAAUGUAGCAACCCCAAGAUGGCAAAAGGAUCAAGGUAACCUUAAAAUAAAUGAAUCAAUAUAUCAGAUAUUGCAUGUCAAUUUUUAUUGUCUCGAUACCCCUAUAUAUGACCAAUGGUUCACCCACAUUUCUGAACAAAACCAAGAACGACUGUUAAAUGAGCACCCUUGUGCUCCUCUUAAAAAGCUCUUUAGCGAUGGAACUUUUUACUAUUCAAGGGAUUUUGAUAUCACAAAUGUUAUGCAAGAGCGAGGCCUCAAUUUCCGCUUAGAAAAUGUCAUUGAGAAUCAAGAUCAUAAAUAUAUCUGGAAUAUCAAUUUAAUUUCUGAAAUUGUUCAAUUUAGACAAAGAAUCACACCUGCAGAGUUAGCUUUAUUUGAUGGUGGAGAAUUUUUAACUUUUAUAAUUAGAGGAUUUUGCAAGUCCAUUUUGAGUGACGUGCUUGACAAUCAAACGUCGGUUACUCUGAUAUCGAAGUUUUCGACUGAAGAUCAUGACAAUUGCUUUGACCUACAAAAAGGUGUGUAUGAUGAUGGUAGUGUUUCUGGAUUUGUCGAAAGUGAAGUAAUUAUACAAACUGAAAGGUAUAUAUUUGCCUAUGUUUUAACCCGAGGUGAUGUUCCUUUAUGCUGGGAAGUGGUGGAAGGCCAGCUUUUACACAGCAAAAAGGUUAAACUAACUAAGGCCCCGGAGCAUACUCAGAUCUCUUUUGAUAAGCAUUUUGAUGAUAUGACUUCAAAGUAUGGAGACAUUAGCAUUGUGAAUUUAACAAAAAGUAGAAGUUCAUCUCAGCAGACUGUGAAUGCUGCGUAUAGAACCUGCGCAGAGAAUAAAAGGAUUAGAUUUACUAGUGUGGAUUAUUCAUCUGAUGUAUUGAUGAAAUCGGAUCAUAAGUUAUUAUACUUCUUGAAGCAAGAUAUCUACGAAUUUGGCGCGUUUGCUUAUGACAUAUCAAAAGGAAUUUAUGUAGGGAAGCAAACCGGUGCUUUCCGAAUUAGCGCUAUAAAUUCUACAUUAAAACCUAAUAUAGUUGAAAUGUGUGUGAGUAGGGAAGUUUUAGACCUAACCACAAAUGAGUUGGAUGGUUUUACGGUGACAAAUGAGUUGCUAAACCAGCACUCGUCCCUUUGGACUGAUAAUGAAUUUUGGUUAACAUGGAUAUACAAUAAAAUAAUGAAAAACCCUGCGAGAUAUAGGAAACUUUACGCUAAUAUAUUUGAAGGCUCUUCAAAAGUAAUACUUUAUGAUCCGCUGCACGUUCAUAUCUCUAAGUGCUUAAAACAAGUUAGAAAUGAAUUUACCUAUGAAAAAGAUAUCAAUAUCUUCGCAGGAAGUUUUAAUGUAAACGCUAAGACCUCUUCAGAGGACUUGCAUUGUUGGCUCUUCCCAAAGGAUCGUAAUGGAGGGGUCACCUUCGCUGACAUAUUCGUGGUAGGCCUACAGGAAAUUGUUGAGUUAACGCCUGGUCAUAUGCUAGCAGCAGAUCCUUUUGCAAAACAAUAUUGGGAGAAUACAAUACUAAAGCAUCUAAAUAGAGGGGGACAGAAUUACAUAUGUACAGCUGCGAAUCAAUUGGGUGGUGUUUUACUGCUUCUUUAUGUCAACGAAACUGAAUCUUCAAAAAUAAAGCAGAUAGAAUACGACGUUAAAAAAACUGGAUUUGGUGGGAUGUCUGCUAAUAAGGGUGCUGCUGCUGUAAGGUUUUUAUAUUCAACCACCAAAUUUUGUUUUAUUGUUUCACAUUUGGCAGCUGGUUUGGAAAAUGUCGAACAAAGGCAUAAUGAUUAUAAAACUAUCAUGAAAAAUAUACGAUUUUCACGAGGUUCAAGGAUAAAAGAUCAUGACGGUAUAAUAUGGAUGGGCGACUUUAAUUAUCGAAUCCUCCUGUCUAAUGACGAGGUUCGAAAGGCAAUCGCUGAUGGGGAUUAUACCAAGCUAUUUGAAAAGGACCAAUUAAACCAACAAAUGAUUGCUGGAGAAUCGUUUCCCUACUUUAACGAAAUGGAAAUCACAUUCCCUCCAACAUAUAAGUUUGAUCCCGGCAGUAGAACUUACGAUACAAGCGAGAAAAUGCGUAUUCCAGCAUGGACUGAUAGGAUAUUGAGCAGGGGUGAUAUAUUAAGGCAACUGUGUUACGGUUGUGCAAGUGAUAUAAUAUUUUCGGAUCAUAGACCUGUUUACGCGACCUUUAAGGCUCGUACUACUGUUAUAGAUGAGGAAAAACGAGCUAAACUGUCUCGUAACUUUCAUGAAAGAAUAGCACAGAUGUUUGCAGGUCUCAGUGAAGAGCAAAAAUACGCACUAUUAGAGGAGAAAGAACUGGUAGUUGAAAAUAUUAAAGCACAGGGAGUAGUCCCCUCAAUAUUUAAAAUCAAAAGGGGAAAGAAACUUCCUCCACCAAGCUCAGACAUGAAAAAAUGGUGGGUGGGGAACGGUAAGCAAGUGAAAGUUGUAUUUGAUAUCGAUACAGCAGAGUUUACUCUUAAUCCUAAUUUUCCCAUAAAUCCAUUUGUCCCUAUGGAUACUGAACAGCCAAUGUUUGUGCGUAAAACUGAAACCAAUCUAGAGGAGUAA